AUCUCACUGCCUCUCUUACUAAGCUCCCGUAUUUAAAUUCCCCAAAACACUGCGAGAGCAACGAGAGAGAGUGGAGAGAGAGAGAGAGAGAGAGAGAGCACAAUGGUGGGCUCUACCCCCGACCCCCAGUCCCCUGUUUCCACCCCAAACACUACCAUUAGAUCGAGGAGGAGGGCGAAGACGAGGAGCGCCGCGAAGAGCGGGAGCGGCGGCGGCGGCGUGGUUCUGGAGGGCCACGUGGAGGGCAUCGGAGGCGGCGGGGAUCGCGGGUCGUGCGGCGGCGGGGGGGUGGGGAGGACGAAGAGCCUCACGGACGAGGAUCUGGAGGAGCUCAAGGGGUGCGUGGAUUUAGGGUUUGGGUUCAGCUACGAGGGGAUCCCGGGGCUCUGUAACACCCUUCCGGCGCUCGAGCUUUGCUACUCCAUGAGCCAGAGGUUCCUCGACGAGCAGCAGCGAUCGCCGGCGGUGGGCGAGGAAGCGGCGGCGGCGGCGGCGGCCGCUUCGCCUCCGGUUGCGAAUUGGAAGAUCUCGAGCCCCGGUGACCAUCCAGAGGAAGUGAAAGCAAGACUGAGGUACUGGGCACAAGCAGUGGCAUGUACUAUUAAAUUAUGCAGCUAAUUGGAUCAUACUGAGUUUUAUAAAUUGGUACUGACAAGUAUUUUUCCCAUCAAAACCUACAAUAGAGGGCUUUAGUUCUAUGAAGUGAGCAAUUUGAUGGACACCUUACUGUGCUCAGUGCAAUAUCUCUGCAAUGCAAUGCAAUUAGCUGGAUACAACCUGGCUUGGAAUCUGAUGAAGAUGAUUAGACAGAGAAAUUGGGGUGGAAGGCAAUUUGGAAGAUUAAAUUAAUAACAGAUGACUCUGAUUUGAAUAUUUUAUUCAUCGACCAAAUUUUAAUUGUUUCAAGUAGAAUUGUUAGGAGAGAACAAAUAAUAUAUUCUUUUUUCAUUGUAGUGCUUUAAAGUGAAUUUUGUUCUGGCCAUUUCCCCUUAUUUUAUUCACUGUAGCAGAAUAAUUGAAUGACAUUAAUUGAUUAAUCCAAAGUUUUCAUUCUUCA